AACAUUCGUAUCGUCAACGGACGUGCACGAUGCGAGGGUGCUGUGAGAAAAUAGAUAAAUUUAGCUAGAAAAAUGCGUUUAACGGCCAACAAUCGCUGCGGAAAGUGAUAGACAAACGUUAUAGAUACCCUUAAGUAUGUUAAUUAUGUGAUUUCCACCUACAGUGAUAGCAGUGCCGAAGAAAACAACGGCGCACGACGGAGAAGAAAGCCAACGCGUUGUUAUGAUCAUUCCGCUUACAAAGUGUUUUUUUGGUUAGCUUUUAUGCAAAAUGGUGCCCUUUUGUGCAAUUAGAUUAACAACGAUUGCCCAUUAAACAAUAGAAUUUCUUCAUCAAAGCUUGCUUCAAUCCAUCGAAUCGUCCCAAAACCACCUGUUUUUGGCUCCGACAACAGACAGCUCUCGCAAGCCCACCAAUACACUCUCACACCCGUACGCUCUCACACUCACCGCGUGCAGGCCACGAACAUUCACGGGAAGCGCUGCUCCGCCAUUCAAACGUAACCGAACCGCAACCGAGAGAGGUUGUGUGCCGCUUGUGCUGCCUGUUGGUGUAGAGCUGCGGCUGUUUGUCAGAAAGAAAACGCGCGCGCGCGCCGCUUGUGUUGGCUGGAGGCCAUUCCGUCUCGGAUCCUGCGUUUUGCGAUUGUGUUGUGUUUUGUGUCUGUGCGGGAACGGUGCACCCGGCGUGCAUUGUUUUGCGACUGAUCAAACUGUAGAUCCAUUUAAUACACCGUUAGUGCGCGAUCAAUACACUUUAAAGGUCCGGCAUUCAGGGAAACUGGAUGCAACACACACUGGCCAAAAACGCCGUGUUUUCUUGUGUGGGUAUUUCCGCUACCAAGCAGGAUCGAAGCUAGCUGUGUGUGGUGAUCAUCAGCGCAGCAACUUCCUUCUGCUGCGUCGUGGUUGGUGUGAUUCCGUAGUUAGCAACUGUGUGUAUGUGUGUAGCUGUUCCGUGAUUGUCCUGUUAGCAGCUCUAUGUUUGUGGGUUUACCGUCCAUCAUAGAAUCUUGAAAAUUGUGGCAACUCAUUCAAGGGUUUUACAACCCCCUCCGCUCGAACCUGCUGGAAUACUGUAGAAAAGUGUCCCUUGUACUUGUACUUGUGCUUGUGUGUCCUUACACUCCGUUCCGUGUGAACUGUCUCCCCAACCAACAACUCGUCUAGGCGUGCUAGUUCUUCAUGGCUACAUAUCUACGACAGAAAGUGAAGAAAUCCACAAGCAGCAGCAGCACUAGGUACGCAAGCGAAUUGCAAGAACACGGUCGCAAACCCAUUCCCGGCACUGCCGCAGAUGACGACUGCUCUGCCGCGGACCGUGCACGCUUCCUGCAGAAUCCGGCCAUACUAGAUACGCUCGACUCCGUUCAUCGGUCGCUGCUAUUCAACAAUCUCAAGUUUGAUACCGAUGAACACACCGACGGUCUAGACAGCACUUACACGAUAAGCAAGGAAGGUGUGCGCAAACCAUCGGCGUCCUACAGUCGAGUGCCGUUUGCUGCACCAACCACCCACGUCGACGAACACGACAACAAGGUAAAUAUUGCGGAAGCGUCGCCAGAUGACAGAUCGUCAGGCACGGAAGUGGUACUGCACGAGGAGGAGCCACAGUACGAGCGCGGCGAUUGCAUAGCGGCUGCCAACAGCUAUGAAAGUCUCUCGCUGGACGACGAACUAGCGGCACUGUUCGGCAGGGACUGGAACAAUAACCUUAGCGGGAAAGCGGUCGUCAGUAAGGUGAAAAUGAUGGUGCAACAGUACGAGCGGGGUAAGGGCGACCCAGUAAGGACAUCGGCGGAACACCAGACGGCUGUGGUGCUUCGGCAUCCCGAUGUGUCCUCGAUUGGUGAGGCGGAGACGAGCGAUUUCGAAAGCGCCAGUGUGACGAGCGGCGGCAGCAGCGUGAGCGGAGGCGACGGGGGUCGGCGAAGUGUGCGCACCAGCUCGGCGUUCAGUGAGGGAAGCCGCGAUGUGGCCAGCAUUGAACGGUUCGAGCUAGGGGCGGUAAAUCAGCCGCAAAGGCAGCAGCAGGAAGAGCAGGCGGCGGGUCACAACACGAUGAUUACCAUUAACAUUAACUACCGAUGUGAUACGAACAAUCCUCCGAAGACAAGCAAAGCUACGUGUGGGGAGGAAGUGGGGGUGGGGGCAAAAAAUGUAGAUAUUGUUGUGUCGGCACCACCCGGCCAGGCAGCUAGGGAGGGCGGAAGCCGCAAGUCGUUGAGAAGUGAUAGUGCGAUCGAGGGACGGACGGUAGAACGAUACGCACAAGCAGCUGUAGGAGGAGAUAUGGAAGAGCAGGAACUGAUGGAUUUAGAAAAGGAGGACACUGAGGUGACCGACGGGUCGGUUACGAACGAUUUCGACGCGAAGGGCGUUGAGCUGCUGCCAAAGGAUGAUGCUGGUACGGGAAGUAAGAUGGAUCAUCUUGCGAAAGAACGCCGCCGCAGUUCGUUGACGAACAACCAUUGUCGGCCGUGCUACACGCCAGAAGAUGAAGAAUAUCAUGACUGUGAUGAUCUGCACGAAUCAACGCUUUCCUUUUACGAGCAAGCGUCCUCCCAGCCAGUCACUCCGCAAGGGCAGAAGCAACGAUCUUCCGUUGCUAGCGCAGCGCCCGUUGAAUGUGCCGACACAUUGGACGGCGAGCAACCGAUGAUCCGAAUCGUGCAAGAACUGUCGGAAGAUCACGCAGAAGUAACGUCCACCAUAACGCUGAGCAAGGAACAGGUGAGGGAAAUGCAAAAGGCAAACAGUGCACGACGCAGCGGCGAGUCGGUUGAAGAGCUGAAAAGACACUCGCCGCGUGAGGAGAAGAGUAGCGUGCAUGAAAAGCGAAGGAAAUCUUCCACCAGCAGUAGCAAUGGUGCAGGCACAGCAACCACCACCACCAAGAAGCGUCACGAUCGAUCGAAUCUCCAGCGACAGCAGCGCAUAAUGGAUGACAACUUCUGUAACGAAAUUCUCGACUCGACCAUUCAUUUUGACCGGCUGCUUGGGAACGCUCGUUCCCAGCGGCACCAGGCGUUCGAACAGGAGAAAACGGCGGCCAUUUCGUCCUCUGCUACCCCAGCAGCGGAAGAGUGCUUCAGUGAUUCGGUCGUGGGCGAGCUGGUUUCCUCUCCGGCCGACGAAUCGUUCGAUUCGGUCAUGUCCGUCGGCAAGCUGGAAGGCAAGCCACGCUACUCGGGCAAAACGGUUGGCCGGUUGAUGAUGAAGCGGUUGAAAAAGCUGCAUGGCGGUGGGAGGGACGUUCCACCGAAGACGAUCAACACGUCCGACGCUUCCGCGAGCUCCUCGCUGCAAACGAGCGGACCGAAGAAGCCGCCCCGAACGUUUGCUGCCAACUCGCCGAAGCGGGCGAGCGGCGCACUUCCGACUCCUUCCUGCCCGACGGCGAAGGAAGUGGAAGGGAGCGAUCCGUCCGACUACGAGAUCGGCUGGAAGCUUGACUCGAAGCCCAGAACGCACCAGGUCGGCUGGAAGGUGCCGGCGGCGAGCGGGAAAAGCGAAGCAAUUCCGGCACAGAUUUACAGCAUGCUCAACUACUCGGAGGACGAGAGCCGCAGAAGGCUAAUCAAGACGGGCAAUUCGAAGCCAGCACCGCAGCAGCAAUCGACCUCCUCGAGGGGAGGGACCGGAACAGCCAAGUACUGGCCCGACGGGGAAUCGGUGGGUCCGAAGCUCGCUAUAGACACGGUCGAUGGCGUCAAGACGCCUUCCCGGCGGCACUCAACGUCGACCGAUUUCGAAAAGUUUGUGCGGGAAUCGAACGUGAAAAGUACACCGCACCGGAAGAGCGACGCUGGCAGCCGAGCCGGCGACACUAGGCGACGCAUUGAGCUGUUCCUAAGCGAAGAGCGUCAGCAGCAGCUGCAGCAGGGGCCGGAGCGGAAGCUUCCCGGGGCAGACCGUCGCCGGCGUACGACGGGCGGAAUAUUUGAGCGACGCCGGCAGCAGCAGGAAAAUUUUUUAGACGAUGCCAGGCGUACCAACCACGAACCGCGGCGGCGGAAGAAGGUCUCGAAGGUGCCGAGUUUGGUCGCGGGUGGCUCUAAACACGCUUGCUGCUCUGCUGCUGCGAACGCCGCGGUUACUGCGUCCUUGACGCGUGGCAACGGCAGUGCCUGCAGCGGUGGUGGAAAGAUCGAAAAGCGGCGCACCUUCCGCAAGGCGGCACUGUUGAAGCGUACGCGCACCCUGUUCGAAGCGUCGAAGAAAAAGAUCUGGGCUAUCAAGAAGUUUGAAACACCGAAGAAGCUUAACAUCGUAAGUAGUGGUGGUGGUGGUGGUGGUAGCACAACGGCUUCGCCGUCCGACCGCGACCCAAACAUCAAUCGCAACAGCUCGGUGAAGAAGAAGAACAGCUUGCAUCACAAGCAUUUGGGCUACACGCCGGUACACUUGCGGUGUAAAACGUGCGGUUCAGGGCAAACCGAAGCAAACAAUCGUGAGCAGGGAGGGGAGGAGGACGUUGUUGUACCGGUAAAGUCUCGCGCUUCGGCACAGCAAGCAGCACCGGCACCGCGUGGUUUAAGUUCGAACUCUUCCGAGGAUGAAAAUAAGGAAAAUCGGUUCGUUAAAAAGGAAGGGCGCCGCAGAAGCGGCGAGGAGGUGAAUCGAAAGUCCGCCCGCAGCCUAAACUUUGCCUCCGUACCGCAGGAAAAGCGAUUAACUUCGUCGCCAGUGGAUCGGGACGAUCGUGAAGCAUCUCCGCGCAAAACCGGGAAACAGCUGACGGAGCCAAAGUUCCUGAAAACGCUGCGCAAUUUAAAAAUAUCGCCCAAAAGGAUAUUUCGCUUUGCUUCGCACUCGUCCGAAGCGGCACUGAACAAUCCUUCGCUGGACGGCGAAAGCCAUGGGCAGGGAGAGUUUCAAUCGUUUGAUGAUUUAAAUCUAGACAGUGUUGCGAAUAUGGGCGAUUUUCUUAGCAACAUUCGGAAGAAAAUCGAUGGCGAAUCGUUUCAGCAGGCGAGCGCAUACCGGGGACAGGUAGCUGCGGUUGAUGUGCAUGAUGGUGCGGCGGACCAGGAGGAUGACGAUCCCAUCUAUCAGGAGAUCUCACCGAAGGGUAACAAAAUGAUUCUGAACGAGUUUAUAAGCAGCGACACAAACAAGCGCUACCUGAUGGUGAACAACAAUCCAAACAUCCUGUACGCAAUGGUGGAGAAAGGCAAAUCCGCCGGUAGGUUGGUGCGUGCGCGCUCGCUCACCAAUGUGCAGGGCACGGCAAGUGCUGCCGAUCCAACGGUUUCUACGACUCCUGUCAGCAAGCCGCUGAACAAUACGAUCAAAAGUCAGAUGAAACCGAGCAAUCGGCGUGUGACGAUGUCGCCGCACAUGGAACGGUUCGAUGCGGUGGAUAUGGAGGAGAGUGAUUGCCUGUACCAAACGGCACUAACGACCAACUCGAUCAAUGUACGGGAGGGCGACAGUGGCCUGUAUCGGUCAGCGCUAGCAAACAGCACGAGUAGCGCGCGGGACAGCAUCGGCCGGAGGGUGCCGGGCCGAUCGUUGAACGCAACCGGAAGCACUAGCGCGAGCUCCACCCGUCGGUCGCUCUUUGCCCGGCACGUACCGGCGGAUCGUGAUCGUAGCGUUGUUGGGCAGCGGCAGCAACACCAGCAACAGUCAGCAACUGAUGAGAGUGAUAUUUCGAUUUUACAGGAAGAAGAAAGUGGGCACGACGACGAGGUGUUACUGGAAUCGCGGCCGGACUCGGUGCCGAUCGUGCGGGAACCGUUGAUUGUGCGCGAGCGGGUCGAAGAUCGGUUGUCGUCUGUCGUUCGUAGGGAAAGCGAACGCUUCCAACAGAAGCCAGUCGGUAGACGGGAGGAGGAGGACGUGCUCCUGGCGUUCGAAAAGGACAUCAUCGUUGAGGAGGAAAUGGGUGGGAAGAAUGGGAAAGAUGGCAAGGGGGGAAAUUUGAUACUGCUCAAGGCGCAUAAAUCGGUGCAGGUUACGGUCGAGGGCGGCAAUGGCGCUGCUGCUGCUCCCCUCGGGUGUUUCGAUACGGACGGUGAGAUCGAAUCGUUACGCAAGUACAAUGACAGGGAGAUCGAAGAGCUGGUUCACUCGCUGCACGACAACGUGACACUGUCGGACGUGGGGACGCUCGACACGGAGACGACCGCCUCUUCCUCGAUGGGGGGCAACGAGAACGACCACAUCGGGUACGAUACGGUUGAUCUGGCUCCUCGCCCGCUGCGAACGCUGCAGAAACCGGCGAGCAAAAAUCAAACCAUCGACACGGUCGACGUUUCCGAGCUGAUCAGCCACGCGCCGGACGACAGCCUGUCCAGCGCCUCCAACCUGUCGCCGAUCACCGGCUCCCUAACGAGCACUAAAAUGUCCACCACCUCCGGGACGGCCGUGAUGCGCAACCUGAAGGACAAGCUGCGAUCGUCCUUCCGCAAGAGCAAAACGUUCAUCAAGAAUGAGCGCCAGCGGUUGGCCAACUAUUUGGAGGAGCGGACAGGGAGUAAAUCCUCCUCGGCCUCCUCGUCGGCGGCCAACUCCCCCCGGAGGCGUCCCGUGGAGCAAACCCAUCACUUCAACACCAUCGGCCACUCGCAGAGCGUGCCGCAAUCGGCUGCCCGGCGCCGGCUCGAGUGCAGCGAGCAGGAGGAGUCGGACGACAUGUACCGCUCGUUCACGGAGGGUAGCGGCAGCAUCGUAACGGCGGGCAGCUCGAUGACCGAGCUCAGCAGCCAGCACAUGAGCGAGCUGAUGCAGCAGAUCAUCCGGCAGGGGGACGCCCGGAAGCAGCUGAAGCAGGCGCUCGGCAUCUGCCGCAGUACGCGCGAGUUCGAGUGCUCGCCGGAACUGAUCGAGGCGGAACGGUUGCUGCUGGUGGCCACGCAAAAGGAGACGGCGGUGCGCAACGAGCUGAACAAGAUCGAUUACCAGGCGCACGGGAUGACGCUGGCUGAGGGGAAGCGCGUUGGUACGGUCACGCUGAGCAACUUUGAGUUCCCGCUGAAGGAGGCGGCCGUGCGGGAUGCGCUGUUCAACUAUUUCUACGUGGUGGUGUGCACGUACAAGCACGAGGUGAAGGCGACGGUGGCGAAGGAACGGCACGCCGAUGGGCGGGUGUACCUGCGCGACUGUGCGAUACAGUUUGCGAAUCUGGACGCGAACUACGAGAUCAAGGUGGAGGUGUUUGUGCUGCAGCUGCGCAAGAACGUGAAGAACUACAGCUUCGAAAGUCGCUACCAUCUAGAGAAGGACUCAAAACGUCCCCUCAGUUGUCCCUCGCCGUCGAAAAAGCUGCGCGAAGCCGGCCGGCUGCUAUCGUUCCGCUCCAGCUCGCCGAAAACGUUCGAUUUCGACAACGAGUUUUCGCGCUUCAAAUCGCAAGGCUUCCUUACGCUCACGUCCUUCACUCUGCUGACGGCCAACGGUGCGGCCGAGGGUGACGAUGCACCGGAGGAGGAGAAGCAUUUCGAUGCGACGUACGCGACCGCCCGCACCAGCCACAACACGCACCUGUCGACGAUGCUGGAGGGUGGCGAUGAGGAGCUGCUGGCGGAAGGCCAUUCCUACUACUCGACGACGGGCCACUUUCAGCCGGUCGUCUGCCGGCGGGGGGACGACCAGAGCGCCCUGUUCAUCGCGGAGGAGUUCAAGUAUCUGACGCUCGACUCGAUGGCGUACACCUCCAACAUGGUCGGCACGAUCGGCAUGAGCGUGCGGAGCGAGGUACGGUUCGACGGUUCCGACAUGGCCGGAUUUCUGGACGUUGGCGAAAAGGUGGAGGGCAGCGACGAGAGCAUCACCUGGAGCCGGCGCUGGUGCAAGCUGAACGGGUUUAUGCUCGAGUUUUGGAACUAUCCGCAGGAGUGCCAGGAAAAGCAACCGGUACUGUACAUCGAUCUGGUGAAAUGUAUAAACGAGCGGAUACAGCUGGCCGAUCGCACGAUCUGCUCCCGUCCCCGUACGCUCAAGGUGGAAAUAUUUGCGUCCCGGGUGGCGGCCGGUGCCGGCGCCAGCUGCAACAGCAGCGGCAUCGGCAGCUUCCGAAGCACCACCGGCCGUACGACGAGCCCGAGCUGCUCGGCCGGUGAUCAAGACCGGGACGGACUGCUUCGACCACUGUCACCAGGGGAGCAGCAGCGUGGUGGUGGUGGUGGUACGACGCAAAGCCAUAACAAUGUCAUCUGCUACCUGCUGGCGGCAGACACGCAAAGCGAUCUGAAGAGCUGGCUGGGUGAGCUAAAUCGGGUGGUAAAGUUUUUGAAGGAGUGGAAAUUCUGAGUGUGCACCGGCGCCGCGCGGGGGCCAAUGUGCAAUAAACCGACCCUCCCCCCAUGGGGCGAAGCGCGCACCGUGUAUGUAUGCGCGAAGCAAGCGCGUAAAUGUCAAUCAAUCAUCCGCCCACACAAGGGCUUGCCUUUAGCUUAUUUUGUUAGUCACAAUGCUGUUUUUAGGAUAUCCUUAUUAAACCCCCUUCGAAUGGGCAUUUUGUAGUGAAAUAGUCCAUAAGACAACGCAGCAGCUAGCGCACAAUGUUGUUAAACAGAAGCUCUCUCUGAGUGAAGCAAUUUAGAAAAGAAAAGAAGUGCCUUUUAUCACACUUGCUUAACAGCCUAGACAAGAUUUCAUUAGCAGCUACGGUCGAUGGGGUCAUAUCCCAACAACAAGACUGCACUCUGCGGGUCGUGGAAGUCGUCAAUGAGAGCUGUUCUCAAAGCAAUCGUUGUGCUUCUUCCGUUCUCCGUCUCAGCCCGGUAACGGUGAUUAGUUUGAUAAGCAUUCUAGUUGGUUUGUUUGUUUUCCGUUUUAAGUUUUGGACAGUGUUAGUGAUCCUCUACAAUGAUUUGCUCUAGCGCACAUUCCUACCAGUAAGCUGGUUUCGUUAAGAAUUUUUUGUAAGUAAGAAUGAGAACUUUACAAUGUUAUGUUAUGUCCAAUAUCAUCAUCCUAUCCAGUAGCGCACAUUGUUUGCGGAUCAGAUCAUACACGAUAUCAGCUCAUUUUCUUCUCACUUGAAUUAUUGUUAAGCGAUCUCAUGUACAUACUUGUAAAGCACAGAUUGUUUUGAAUUAGACUGGCCCGAAGCUAGUUUGCUUUCGCGGUGACUUAUGUGAGCGAAUAGUAGGGAAUUCUUGUUAUUUAAUGUACGUAGAAGUCAGGGUGUGGUUCAAAAUUGUUCAAUUAUUAAAUUCAAAUCGGUCUCUUUAUGACGCGUAGCGGGACGGGGCACAUACGAUGAGUGAAAUAAACCGCUUUGUGAGAAACA